AUGAAGAUGAAGCUUUCGAUAUCAGUAUCUCGCGCAUUGCUAGGCAUCGUGGGACUGGCCUCCACGACCUCCUCUCUCGCAACAUACUCCCCCGGCCCCUCCUACAGCAUCGGCAUCCCCUCCUCCUCGACCAUCUCCCAAACGUCUUCCGGAGGGAUCUACUUCCAACUCUCUGCACCCACGUCAUACCAAUGGGUCGGCCUCGGUAUCGGUGGCCAGAUGCAGGGCGCUAGUAUCUUCGUCAUGUACGCGAAUGGACUAGGCAAUGUCACCAUAUCGGCGCGGGAUGGAGGACAGGGACAUGUUGAGCCGACGCAGGAUAGCAGCUUACAAUCUGGAGUUACGCUGCUAGCUGGGAGUGGGAUUGUGGAUGGGAGGAUGAUUGCAAAUGUGCACUGCACAACAUGCAAACUCGACUCCUCGAGAACUAGCACAGCAUCCCCCUGGAUCUGCGCCUGGAACGAAGGCUUAGCAAUAAACUCCCAAUCGACAUCCUAUAUAAUCACCCAGCACGCCGCAAACAACAUGCGGCAAUUCGACCUAGAUCUCUCUACUGCCGUUAUCUCUUCCGACAGUAAUCCUUUCGUCUCAUCCUCUACUUCCUCGCCAACCGGCACUGGAACAGGAAGUGGCUCAGCUGCGACGUCGGGGAGCUCAAGUGGUGGGAAUACUGGAGCAAGUGCAGGCAAUAGCGGUGUAACGGUCGUAGGAAAUACUUUUAAAGUCAUCACAAACUACCAAACCGCUCACGGUGUUAUCAUGGGCGCGACGAUGGUGCUGCUGCUCCCGCUGGGAGCAAUGUUCAUGCGUCUCGGCGCAUCUAUCUAUCUGCAUGGCGCAUGGCAGCUCUUCGCUCUUUGCGCUAUGUUGUGUGGUUUUGGACUUGGGAUUAAGUUAGCGCAAAUGCGGUCUUUGUUAUAUAACACAACACACACCAUCUUCGGCACCGUAAUCAUCGGCCUCUUCCUAUUGCAACCGCUCUUCGGCUUAGCUCACCACAUCCAAUACAAACGCACAUCAGCCCGUUCUCCAGUCUCGUAUCUACAUAUCUGGUACGGGAGAGCGUUGAUUGUAUGUGGGAUUGUUAAUGGAGGGUUGGGCUUACAGUUAGCGGGCAAUAGUAAGGGGGGCAUUGUUGGGUAUAGUGUUGUUGCUGGGGUUGUGGGGGUGCUGUAUUCGUUGUUGGUUGUUGUGAAGAGGAAGGGUGGGAAGGGGGUCCAGGAGAGUGAGGAGAGCCGAGGGAUGUGA